UACAUUUUUGAAAAAAGUAAAAAGAUAAUCGUUCAAAUGAUCUUUCGAAUGAUAUUUGGCGUACAGUAGCUGCAAGUACGCCGCAGUUUCUUAGUUGUUUUGUUCAGAUAAUUGAUAUCGGAUAAACCUUGUGUUUCAAAACAGUUCCUACAAAUGCACACAUUUGAUCUUCACUUUUACAUUCCACCGUUUGUGUAUACUUUUGCUCUCUCCUAUAUUAAUCUAUUAUAUGUAUACUUAAUUAUAUAUUUGCCGAUCUCCAAGAUUUGUUACAAGUCGUAAUUCAAAACUGGAAUAACAUUCCGCAUGAAAAAAUUAGGCCUUGCAUUAACACGAGUAAUCGGCAGCAAGAGGUAAUUCAACAACGCUGCGGAAACACUGUUAUUAGAAUUUAAAGAUACACACACGCAUACACACAUACAGAAAAACGACUCUUUUCAAAGUCAUAUAACGUGCAAAAUCCGUCCGGCAAACUUCCCAUGGUGCGCAUCGGUUAAUACCAAUGCCGUCGGUAUAUGCCAUAAAUGCAAGGGUUCUUUAAAGUGUUGUAUCUUUCCGAGAAAAAAUGGCAGCGACUUUUCCCUUACUGGAAAUUGAAGAUGAAGGUUUACUAGAUUCCAUAACGAGUACAGCAAAUAGUGCAGAUUGUCCAGGUGUGUGCGUACACGCAUUCGCAACAUUAAUAUGUUAUGAAGUUCUGGAACAUGUGCAAUGUCCAACUAGUAUGCGAUGUUGUAUUGAAGCACCUAUAAACGGUACUACUGGAACUUCUGAAAAUAUUGCUAGUGAUGAUGGUUCAACUUCAGUUAUGACGACUAGUGUUAAAGUAACAACUACAAGCACGACUGUACCACCGACGACCACCAGCCUUGCAAUUUCACCGUUAACAACUUCGUCAAAAAUUACUUCCGAUAUUCAGAAAGAAACAAACGACAAAACAUCAACAAAAGCUUGUUCUGGAAUUUGCAUGGCAGAGAGAAUUGCCGAUUACUGCGAUGCUGUUUUAGCAAUAGACACUAUUUGCAAGCCGGGAUAUAAAUGUUGCGUGUCUAGGGACGCAUUUGGAGAUUCACCUCCGGCGGAAUUGCUGGUAAUUGAUCGUAUGAAUUCCAGUCGUUUUGAUGAAAAAACCGGCAUUAAUAUGUCAUACAAAGGUUCUUCGACCUCUACAACAGUAAUACCAAAUACAGCUGUUUCUACGAACGUAUCUACAAAUUUAAUAACAACAACUACAAUAGCAACGACGAAACAAUCAGCGACUACAAUGAGACCAAAGAUUACAAUAAAAAAGCCAUGUAAAGGUGAAUGUGUCAGUGGAUUUUUUGCACUUCUUUGUGAUAAAGUGGACGGAGAAGCUGAAUGUCCCGAUGAUGGAUCCUGUUGCGUUAUUGAUGCAUUCAUAAAAACGGAAACGACAACAACAACAACAACAGUCCGACCAACACCGAAGCCAUCACAACCAAAAUUGCAACCGUGUCCAGGAUUUUGUUUAUUGACUAUUAUGGCGGCUUUCUGUGAACGACCGAAUGUAAUAAUACCGAAGACAUCAACUUGCCAGUCUGGAUCUAUUUGCUGUGACAACACAAAAAGCUCUCCACAGAAAAUAAACGUAGUUACACCAUCUUCUUCGUAUCAGACUACAAGGCCAAGGCCGAGGCCCACACCGAGACCGUCGAUUACUACGGUUUCUUUGCCACCAGAUCUUCGCCCAGAGUGUCCUGGUUCCUGCAUUGUUUCUUACUUAUCUUUCACCUGUUUCAGAAAUGCUGAACUGACAAACUUAUUUAAGUGUAAAAAACAAAGGCAUCAGUGUUGUGCACCCAAGUCAUUGAUACGAGAAUUCAGUGAAGGAAAUUCUAGCGUGCCAAUAUCGAUUAACCGGAACGACACUAUGUUCAUUACAUCGAAACCAUAUACAACCUCUCUUACAACAACAAUGUAUGAGACAACGCCGAUGACAACAACUGUAAGAAGUCCUGUUUACAGUAAGUACGUGUGUGGUGUAAAAGGAACUUAUCGUGGACCAGUCCAAGCUCGUAACUUUAAAAGGGGAGCACGAGUUGUUGGCGGAGAAGAUGCCGAUGCUAAUGAAUGGUGUUGGCAAGUUGCUCUAAUUAACUCCCUUAAUCAGUACCUUUGUGGAGGUGCACUUAUUGGAACACAAUGGGUCCUCACUGCAGCACAUUGCGUGACAAACAUUGUGAGAUCUGGUGAUGCGAUUUAUGUGAGGGUGGGAGAUCACGAUUUAACUCGUAAAUAUGGAAGUCCAGGUGCACAAACUUUACGAGUAGCAACGACUUAUAUUCAUCAUAAUCAUAACAGUCAAACACUAGACAAUGAUAUAGCACUGUUAAAACUACAUGGGCAAGCAGAGCUUAAAGAUGGCGUUUGUCUUGUAUGUCUUCCUGCACGAGGAGUUAGCCACACAGCUGGUAAACGAUGUACCGUCACUGGUUAUGGAUAUAUGGGAGAAGGAAUUUGACAAUCAUGAAGCAAAAC